GAAUCAUCAACGUCGAGCUAUUUCGUAUGGAUGGUCGACGACCAGAUUUAAGUAAAUUUGAGAAAAGUUAUAUCUACACAACAAAUCAGCAACGUUAUGACUGGCAAUAUAAAGAAACUACUAUAAUGAAGUUUCCUCGUAGCCUACACAAGGUCAAAUUUGCUUUCAAGGAACCCGAAGAUGGAAACCCAUUCAAGUCAAAAAAUUCAGUGAAACGAGAUGAUCAGAAUAUUGUGAAUCCGGGCGAAAGAGAAUUUAAAAAUGAGCAAUAUGGGCUUGUUGAUGAAAUGCUGAGCAUUCUGGAAAAUGCGUGGAAAAAUCCAAUUUUACGUGGGGAAAAUAAAAAAUAUCAAUCAGAGGAUACAUAUUUUGCGGAAUUUAUUUAUCCAUUACUUCAAACGGUAUUACGGAAAAUUUCAGAAAAUCGAGGCAUUCUUAAGCGCGUAAAUCUUUAUUACAGUCCCGAACGCCAAAGCGAAUCUAGUAGAGCGCGAAAAGGAGAUUCGGAGGCUAAAAAGCCAGAUGCCAUAUUCAGAGUAAGGAUACUCAAUAAAUUGCUUGAAAAUUUACGCGAACUGCCCAAAGUCCUGCAAGUGCUCUAUGAUGGGAUUAAGUUAUUCGAAGUGGAUCUAAUGCUGUAUGUUGUGGUUGGAAAUGUUGCACCCUUAACAACGGUUAAUUUUGCGGAACGUAAGAUUGCACCGUUGCGUAAGAGGAAAGGAAUUAGAGGCAAAGAACCUGAACAAACUUUCAACUACCACAACAAGCAUCAAUCAACGCAUCUGGAUUCAAUGCUUUCCGCUUGA